AUGGAGAACAACACUGAAUUCAUCGUGGAGGAGUCGUCUUAUGUGUAUGAUUUACUUGGCGAAUUCUCACAUCCACUGCCGAUAGAACUAGUAAUCUCGACACUCGUUUGGCUCAUUUGGUUGCUGUCUGCAGCUGGUAAUAUUCUGGUUUUCAUCGUGAUACUUGGUGACAAACAGCUCCGAUCCAACGUGGCUAACCACUACAUCUUGAACCUCUCCAGUGCCGACUUAUGCGUUGGACUCAACUCUCUCAUCUUCAACAAUCUCUGGCGAUAUUUCGGCAACUGGCCAUUUGGGAGAGCCGUUUGCACCUUCUGGACAAUUCUAGAUUAUGCCGCCUGCAUGCAAUCUGCAUUUGCUAUCGUUCUCAUCAGUAUGGACCGUUACUUUCUGGUUACGAAGUUCCUAAAGUAUCAGAAGUAUCAGAGCAGGGUACUCUCGGGUGUCCUUAUCGGGGGAACUUGGUCAGUGUCUCUCCUGUUCUUUGCCGUACCGGUCCUCGGCAAUGGUCUCUGGGCUCAAAGCAAGGACGUUGUGAUCUACUCGGUAACCUGCGAUUUCGGUGUACUGUACAUCUUCCACUACAACAUACUUCAAAUCCUUGUCGGCUUCGUUACUCCUGCCAUCUUUUUGGCUUUCUUUAACAUCAAUGUGUACGCUAACAUUCUGAAGCGCUCCAAGACCCUGGUUCGCACAGUCACAGAUGCAACAUCACACAACGCCCCCAUCGACCCAGCAAUGCCGUCUAGUUUAAUACAAGUGGAGCCAAAAGUUCCGACCGGGCAAAUCAACCGAAACCUGGACACCAGAAAGUCGUACAAGAAACACCGGAAGGCGGCCAUCACGCUGGCCAUCAUCGUGGGUAUGUUCUCACUCAGUUGGGUCCCUUACUACGUUGUGCAGCUGUUAUUCAUCGUGAAAAAGCCCAAUUUUACGUGGCUCCUCUGGAACUCCGUAUACUAUACUGUAUGGGUUAACUCGGCCAUUAAUCCGUUUAUCUACGCUGCAACCAGCCCUCGUAUACGAAAAGGUUUCAUCAAAGUUCUCUGCUUCUGGAACCGGCGGCUCAUGAGAAAGAUCCAUCCAAUUUAA